AUGGCUUUCCGGCAUCCUAUGAUGCUGUCCACGACAGCAUCGGUGCCCUUUCGAUCGGUAGCCUCCAGAACCUCUAAAAUUGCGGCGACCCUUCCUCGAUUCACCACGUCUCGCGCCUCGUCCAGUUCGACCUCGGCCCUGGCCUACAAGGCUUUGCAUCGUCGUUCCCCUCUUCCGCUGCCUGUGUCGGAUGCCUCCCCGCAAUGGGAUGCCCCUACGGCCGUCUCGUCGAUCUUGUACGAGACCCCCGUUGCCCCGACGAACCCUCCGAAGCGGCAUAUUCUGAAUUGCCUCGUGCAGAAUGAGCCCGGUGUGCUCUCCCGGGUGUCGGGAAUUCUGGCGGCUCGGGGCUUCAAUAUUGACAGCUUGGUUGUUUGCAACACCGAGGUCGAGGAUCUGUCUCGCAUGACCAUCGUGUUGCAGGGACAGGACGGUGUCGUGGAGCAGGCCCGUCGGCAACUGGACGAUCUUGUUCCUGUCUGGGCGGUUCUAGACUACACAGAUUCGGCGCUGGUGCAGCGCGAACUGCUGUUGGCGAAGGUUAGCAUUCUGGGUCCUGAGUUUUUCGAGGAGCUGCUUCAACACCACCGCGAGAUCACAACCCCCGGCGAGACGGCCGAUGGCCAGAAGGACAAGGUCGCCCAGGCUCAGAUCCAAAAGCCUGAAUUCCACCCUCGUAAUCUGCCUCCCAGUCAGGCCCUGAGACACAAACAUGAGCAUCUCGAUGCUAUUACUCGCUUGACUCAUCAGUUUGGCGGCAAGGUUUUGGACAUCAGUACCAAUAACUGCAUCGUGGAGCUUUCCGCCAAACCCACCCGGAUUGACUCGUUCAUGAAGCUCAUCGGUCCCUUCGGUAUUCUAGAGUCCACCCGAACCGGCCUGAUGGCCCUUCCCCGUUCUCCUCUCUUCGAGCCCAAUGAGGAGAUUGAGAAGGAGGCUUCUGACGUGGUUGAUGCAAGCACCCUUCCUCCUGGUUAG